AUGGAAAAGGAGAUGCAGGAACUGAUAGUGUCUGCUGGCCUGUUUGAGGUGAAUGUACCUGAAUAUAAACAGCUGAAGCAAUGCCGCAAGGAAUUACGUCUGCUGAAGACACUUUGGGACUAUGUGUUCUUGGUGCGCACCAGUUUGGGAGAUUGGACCAAGACGCCUUGGCGCCAGAUUAACAUUGAGCAGAUGGACUCAGAUUGCAAACGAUUUGCCAAAGAUAUCCGCAGUUUAGACAAAGAAAUGCGUGCUUGGGAUGUUUAUAUCGGCGUUGAAGAUGUUGUAAAAAAUAUGCUCACUUCUCUGCGUGCCGUGGGUGAGUUACAGAAUCCGGCAAUUCGGGAUCGUCACUGGGCUCAAUUAAUGUCAGCCACUGGAGUACGCUUCAUGAUGAACGAGGACACCACACUUACCGACCUUUUAUCAUUAAACUUGCAUUUGUAUGAGGAAGAGGUGCGUAAUCUAGUCGACAAGUCUGUCAAGGAGAUGAGCAUGGAAAAAGUUCUCAAUGAAUUGGAUGCCAUUUGGAGUCAAAUGGCCUUUGAGCACGACAAACAUGCGCGUACAGGCAUGACGUUGUUGAAGGCAAGUGAGGAGUUGAUCGAGACUCUGGAAGAGAAUCAAGUUCAACUGCAAAACAUGAUGACGUCAAAGUAUAUCGCCCACUUUCUUGGUGAGGUUUCGACCUGGCAGCGAUUGUUGACUACGGCCGAUCAAGUUUUGGGCAUCUGGUUCGAGGUGCAACGAGCUUGGUCGCAUUUGGAGUCAAUUUUUAUUGGUUCUGAGGACAUUCGAAAACAGCUGCCAGAGGACUCGGAACGUUUUGAUGGCAUCGACCGUGACUUUCGAGCUCUGGUGUCCGAGAUCGAAGUGACUACAAAUGUGAUCAAAGCGACCAGCCGGCCUCAUCUCUAUGAUCGACUGGAGGUGAUCCAAAAAGAUCUGACUCUUUGCGAAAAAGCGCUAGCCGAGUACUUGGAGACAAAGCGGCUAGCCUUCCCUCGAUUCUACUUUGUCUCUUCCACAGAUCUUUUAGACAUUCUGUCCAACGGAAAUAUGCCUACAAUCGUGAUGCGCCAUUUGACCAAACUUUUUGAUAGUCUAGCCAUACUUAAUUUUCAGACACAUGCCAAUGGUAAGAUCAACGAUAAAGUUGCCAUCAGUAUGGGAGCAAAAGAUGGUGAGAUUGUGGUGUUGUCACGAGAGUGUGACUUGGACGGUCAAGUUGAGGUCUGGCUCAAUCGGCUGUUGGACGAAAUGCGAGCUACAAUGAGACAUUAUCUGGCCGAAGCGGUGGGCAGUUAUGAGGAAAAAGCGCGAGACCAAUGGCUUUUCGACUUUCCCGCCCAAGUGGCUCUAGCCGGCUCCCAAAUCGGCUGGACAGUGGAGGUGAAUCUGAACUUUGCCCGCCUCGAGGAGGGCUAUGAAAACGCUUUAAAGGAGUACAACAAAAAGCAGAUCGGUCAGCUCAAUCUGCUCAUCAAUCUGUUGAUUGGCGAACUGUCCGGUCAGGACCGUCAAAAGGUGAUGACCAUCUGCACCAUAGAUGUGCACAAUCGUGAUGUUGUGGCCAAAUUGAUCGCUCAGAAGGUGGAGAAUGCAGCCGCAUUCACGUGGCUUUGUCAACUACGACAUCGUUGGGAUGAGGCUGAGAAAGAUUGUUUUGCCAACAUUUGUGAUGCCCAAUUUCGUUAUGCUCAUGAGUAUCUGGGCAACACGCCUCGUCUUGUCAUCACUCCCCUGACCGAUCGUUGCUACAUAACGCUGACGCAAUCGCUUCAUUUGACGAUGAGUGGAGCCCCCGCAGGUCCGGCUGGCACGGGUAAAACUGAAACGACAAAAGACUUGGGCCGAGCUCUCGGCGUCAUGGUCUACGUGUUUAACUGUUCCGAGCAGAUGGACUACAAGUCAGUGGGUAACAUUUACAAGGGUCUGGCACAAUCGGGCUCUUGGGGCUGUUUUGAUGAAUUUAAUCGUAUCUCAGUUGACGUGCUUUCGGUGGUGGCUGUUCAGGUGAAGUGCAUCCAAGAUGCUAUUCGCUACAAAAAGCAGCGAUUUGACUUUCUUGGAGAAGAAAUCAGCCUCGACCCGGCCGUCGGCAUCUUCAUCACCAUGAACCCCGGCUAUGCAGGUCGGACAGAGCUGCCGGAAAAUUUGAAGGCCUUGUUCCGACCCUGCGCAAUGGUGGUACCGGAUUUUGAGUUGAUUUGCGAAAUCAUGCUGGUCGCUGAAGGCUUUCUCGAUGCUCGCCUAUUGGCGCGUAAGUUCAUCACGCUCUACCAACUCUGCAAGGAGUUACUUUCCAAACAGGACCAUUAUGACUGGGGUCUGCGUGCCAUCAAAUCGGUGCUGGUGGUCGCCGGUGCACUGAAACGCGGCGACCCAGGCCUUCCGGAAGAUCAAGUCCUGAUGCGCGCCCUGCGCGACUUCAACAUUCCUAAGAUCGUCACCGAUGAUAUGCCUGUCUUUAUGGGCCUAAUCGGUGACCUAUUUCCUGCCUUAGAUGUGCCGCGUAAACGUGAUCUCGAGUUCGAAAAGCAGAUUCGACAGGCAGCCCUUGAUCUCCACCUUCAGCCGGAGGAGAGUUUCAUUCUAAAAGCUGUUCAGCUUCAAGAGCUGUUCGCUGUCCGACACUCGGUAUUUGUCCUGGGCAAUGCUGGUACCGGAAAAUCAAAGGUGUGGAAGAGUCUUUUCCGCACAAAUGUCAAUCUUAAGCGCAAGCCGGUUGCUGUCGACCUCGAUCCUAAGGCGGUCACGAACGAUGAACUAUUCGGCAUCAUCAACCCGGCCACCAGAGAAUGGAAAGACGGUCUCUUUUCUGUUGUGAUGCGUGAUCUGGCCAACGUGGCGAACGAGGCUCCCAAAUGGAUUGUGCUCGAUGGUGACAUUGAUCCCAUGUGGAUUGAGUCGCUAAAUACUGUGAUGGAUGACAACAAGAUUCUCACAUUGGCCAGUAAUGAACGUAUUCCCUUGACGAAGAGCAUGCGGUUACUGUUCGAGAUUAGCCACCUGAAAACGGCCACGCCGGCAACAGUUUCGCGUGCAGGAAUACUGUAUGUGAAUCCUCAGGACGAUUUUCUUGGAAUUUCGGCAUUUGACUUCAGCAUAGAAUUGUCCUCAACCUAUGAUUAUGAGAACGCGAUUCAUCUGUGCCAAGGUUUUGCUUCUUCCAUCUGUUCAAAUAUCGCAAUAGGACCAAACUUACUUCCAUUUCGAGUUAAAGUGUUGGGUGAAGAGAUUCGAAGGUCGGUUCCACCAGAAGACGACGGCGGAUUCCUCUUGACCAGUUGUCGAUUGGCUUUACUAGAAGAUUCAUGCGUCAACCAAUCGGCAGCUGGUCAAAAGGAAUCUGCCGACGUCUUCUGGUGA